UUUCUCACUUUCACUCCGCUAAGGAAAAAAGCCUCUCUUUUUUCCACUUUUUAUUCACUUUUAUGCUCAAAUAUUUCGUUAUACUCCAAAUUCUGGAAUCGAUUCUUUGAUAAUCUGAUUCAAAUUUUCAAUUUUCCUGAAACUUUGAGAAAAUUUCAAUUGGAAAGGAAUUGUAUCCGAAUCUUGAUCUUCUGCAUUGGUUUUUCGUUUACCAAUUACAGGGUGUCGGGUAUGCUUGCACUGAUGCACAAACUAUUAAAUUUUUAGUCAAUAAAUUGGUAAUGCAAUCCCCUAAUACAAGUAAUAAGAAGAAGAAUUUGAAACGUUCGAGAUCACUUCGCCACGAUAUGCCUGCAGCUGACACAACUCCUGCAAAUGCUCUAGACAAUUGCACUGUAUUCCCUGUUGAAGAGAUAGUGCAACACCCUUUACCUGGUUAUGGAGUGCCAACUUUAAUUAGCUUUAGCCUUGAUGGUAGUUUGAUAGCAUACUUGUUCAGUCCUGAUCAGACAUUGAAUAGGAAGGUGUUUGUGUUUGAUCCGAUUAGCAUGAAGCAUGAAUUGUUUUUUAGUCCUCCAAAUGGUGGGCUUGAUGAGAAUAAUUUGUCUGCUGAAGAAAAGUUGAGGAGGGAGAGAUCAAGGGAGCGGGGGCUUGGUGUGACACGCUACGAAUGGGUGAAGACAAGCCCAAGGAAAAAGAGAAUUAUGGUGCCUCUACCAGCAGGAAUUUAUGUUCAGGAUCUCUUCAUAGAGUCAGAUCUUAAGCUCCCAAGUGCCUCAUGCUCACCAAUUAUUGAUCCACAUGUCUCCCCAGAUGGCACCAUGCUUUCUUAUGUGAGAGAUAAUGAGCUGCACGUGUUAAACCUUAUGUACAACGUGUCAAAGCAGUUGACAUCUGGUGCCAAUAGAAACGUGAUAACACAUGGCCUCUCUGAGUACAUAGCCCAGGAGGAGAUGGAACGUAAAAACGGCUACUGGUGGUCUCUAGACAGCAAAUUUAUUGCAUUUACAGAGGUGAAUUAUUCUGAGAUACCUCCUUUUAGGAUCAUGCACCAAGGGAAAAGUUUUGUUGGUUCAGAGGCACAGGAAGAUCAUUCUUACCCUUUUGUGGGUGGUCCAAAUGUUAAAGUUCGAUUGGGUGUUGUUUCAGCUACAGGAGGUCCGGUGACUUGGAUGGAUCUUCUGUGUGGAGAAAGAGGCCAGGCAAACAAUGAGGAAUACUUGGCAAGAGUCUGUUGGAUGCAUGGGAAUAUUCUUACUGCUCAGGUUUUGAACAGGUCACAUUCUAAACUAGAGAUCCUAAAGUUUGAUAUCAAAUCAGGCCAGAGAAAAGUAAUCUUGGAAGAAGAACAAGAAACUUGGAUAAAUCUACAUGAUUGCUUCACCCCUUUAGACAAAGUGAAUACUAGAUCUCCUGGAGGGUUUAUUUGGUCUAGUGAGAAAACAGGAUUCAGACAUCUAUAUUUACACAACUCAAAUGGACAGUGCUUGGGUCCUAUAACUCAAGGUGACUGGAUGGUUGAGCAAGUUGUGGGUGUCAACGAGGCUGCUGGCUUUGUUUAUUUCACUGGAACUUUAGACGGCCCUUUGGAAUGUCAUCUUUAUCGUGCCAAUUUAUACUCAGAUGCAGGUAAUCUCUUGCAGGUUCCCUUUAGAUUGACCCAUGGAAAGGGAAAACAUGUGGUUGUACUUGACCAUCAGAUGCAGAGAUUUGUGGAUAUUUAUGAUUCCUUGGGUUCACCUCCCAAAGUUACUAUGCACUCAUUGUCUGAUGGAAGCUUGAUUAUGCCUCUUUUUGAGCAGCCGCUCAGCAUUCCAAGAUUUAAGAAGCUCCAACUUCAGCCACCAGAUGUCAUUCAAGUAGAGGCAAAGGACGGGACCAUUCUUUAUGGGGCACUAUACAAACCUGAUCUGGCAAGAUUUGGACCUCCACCUUAUAAAACAAUGAUUCAAGUGUAUGGUGGUCCCAGCGUACAACUUGUCUGUGAUUCUUGGAUAAACACUGUUGACAUGAGAGCUCAAUACUUGAGAAGUAAAGGCAUAUUAGUAUGGAAGAUGGAUAACAGAGGAACUGCUCGACGUGGACUCAAGUUUGAAGGUGCACUUAAGUACAACUGCGGCCAGAUUGAUGCUGAGGAUCAAGUAACUGGAGCCGAGUGGCUCAUUAAACAGGGUUUAGCUAAAGAAGGCCACAUUGGAUUGUAUGGAUGGAGCUAUGGUGGAUAUCUCUCAGCUAUGACCCUGGCAAAGUUUCCCGAGAUUUUCAAAUGUGCGGUUUCAGGUGCUCCAGUCACAUCAUGGGAUGGGUAUGACACCUUCUACACUGAAAAAUAUAUGGGUAUGCCAACUGAAAAUCAAUCAGGUUAUUUGCAAAGUUCUGUGAUGCAUCACGUGGACAAUAUGAAAGGGAAGUUGUUGCUUGUACACGGAAUGAUCGAUGAAAAUGUGCACUUUAGGCACACUGCUCGGCUCGUGAAUGCCCUUGUGGCAGCUGGGAAGCCUUACGAAUUGUUGAUUUUCCCGGAUGAGCGACACAUGCCUCGACGACUUCGGGACCGAAUGUACAUGGAGGAGAGGAUUUGGGAAUUUAUUGAGAGGAGUUUGUAGAUUACACUUUUAUGCAUUUCUGUUGUUUGUCAAGUUAUAGGAGAUGUUUGGACCGCGGAAUUUUUUGAUUAUCAAUUUUUAACU